UGUAUGUGAAAGGUGGUUUCAAAGCCUGGCAGAGAAGCGGCAGCAUGCAGCGGAGCGCAGUGGUCGUGGUGGCGGAUAAAACGACCCUGAAAAGGCCGUUUAUUUUUGCAAAUGCUGUGCAUAUGGCGCUGUGCUUCUUCAUGCUGACAAUGACAAUAGCGUGGCACAGAGACCUCGUACAAACUGGCAAACUGGUGUCCAGUGUGUCUGUGGUGUUAAUGUAUGUCAUAGAGAUCGGUUGUCUGCUUCUCUCAGUGCUCGGCGUGUUUGGAGCCUGUAAAGGAAAGAGAUGGUGUUUGAUUCUGUAUGCAACUGGGAUGGCAGCAGCCAGUCAAACAAUAAUUGUUAGAACAGCACUAAGCUACCAAGAUGUUUAUGAGAAACGUGUAGUGCGUGAGGAGUCCAAGUUGCUGGCCAUGAUGCCACUCAGUGGAACAAGCAAAGCCAACAGGACCCUGCUGUAUAGUAUUCAAGAAGAGUUUGAGUGCUGUGGUCUUAUUGAAGGCUACAAAGACUGGGGCUCUUUCAUUCCUGCCUCCUGUAACUGUCAGUAUCCAGGAAAAUGCAUUCGACUACGGGGUAGCGCCACACUUGGGGCUCCAAAGAACCAGUAUGUUUAUCAAGAGCCUUGCCUACCGAUUUAUGUUUCUGAACUAAAACUUGCGUUCUCAUUGGCGAUGGGUAUACAGUUUGGAAGUGGAGUGUUUUGGAUGGUUUUACUUGUGAUGAGCAUCAAGCUGAUGGGCCAGAUAAAAAGAAAACAGGAGUUCAUGGCUCUUCUCCAAUCAAACAGAUAUGUUCCUGGUGCCUUCUAG